CGGCUAGGGCCAGCUACCAUGUCCUCCACCGUGAACAACGGGGCGCCUGGCACGCCGUCCCCGCCCGAUGCCGCCAACGGCUUCCCGCAGCCCGGAGCCUCGUCUGGGACCUGGCCGCGGCCGGAGGAGGAGCUGCGCGCCGCGGAGCCGGCCCUGGUGAAGCGCGCACACCGCGAGAUCCUGGACCAUGAGCGUAAGCGGCGAGUGGAGCUCAAGUGCAUGGAGCUGCAGGAGAUGAUGGAGGAGCAGGGGUACUCAGAGGAGGAGAUUCAGCAGAAGGUUGGGACCUUCCGGCAGAUGCUGAUGGAGAAGGAGGGAGUACUCACCAGGGAGGACCGGCCGGGGGCCCACAUCGUGGCGGAGACCCCACGGCAGAACGAGGGCGCCGAGCCGGGCCUGGAGUAUGCGCCCUUCGACGACGACGGCCCGGUGGACUGCGACUGCCCGGCCGCCUGCUACCGCGGGCACCGGGAGUACAGGACCAAGCACUGGUCCAGCAGCUCGGCGUCGCCCCCUCCCAAGAAGAAGAAGAAAAAGAAAGGCGGCCACCGGAGAAGCCGCAAAAAGAGGAGACUAGAGUCGGGGUGCAGCUGUGGGAGCGCCUCGCCCCUGCGAAAGAAGAAGAAGAGCAUGAAGAAGCACCGCCGAGACAGGUCCAACUCCGGGUCGCGGAGGAAGAGACGGCACAGAUCUCGAAGCCCCAAGAGCAAAAAAAAAGAGAAGAACAAAGAGCGGAAGAGGCCUCACACGGAGUCCCCAGGCCGGAGGUCCCACCGUCACAGCAGUGGCAGUUCCCACAGCCCCUCAUUGUCCUCCCACUGCAGUGACUCUGGAUCACCCAGCAGGCUGAGUCCCAAGCGUCGAGACGACGGGCGGAAGACGGGCAGCCAGCGGUCCAGCGGGAGCCGGUCGCCUUCCCUGUCUGGCGGCAGCGGAUGGGGGUCUCCCCAGCAGAACGGCGGCAGCAGGCAGCGGAGCGGAGCGCACGGGGGCCGCCCAGGCCCGGCGCACAGCCCGCCCGAUAAGCCCAGCUCGCCCUCGCCCAGGGCCCGCGACAAGGCAGCGGCUGCUGCACCCACACCGCCCACGCGGGACAAGGACAGCCCGAGUCCACGCUCGGCGCCCUCAUCGCAGGGCCGCGGAGGUCGCACGGUGGGCGGGGCAGCCAGGCGGCGGCGGCGACGGAGAAGGAGGCGGCGAUCACGGUCCUCGGCUUCCGCGCCCCGCCGCAGGGGUCGCAGGCGCCCCCGGCCCGCGCCGCCCCGGGACUCUUCGCGCUCACUAAGCCGCGCGCGCUCCAGCAGCGACUCGGGCGGCGAUGUCCCGGGCCCUGGGCCAGAACCGGACUCGGAGCGAGGCCACAGCGGACACGGGAAACGGGUCAAGGAACGGCCUCAGCGCGCGCGCCCCGCCAGCAACUCGCCGUCCCCGGGCCCUCACAGCAGGGGUCCGGAGGGUAAGAGUUCGUCGCGUAGUCCUGGUCCCCACCCCCGAUCCUGGAGUUCCAGCCGAUCGCCAUCUAAGUCUCGCUCGCGAUCCCCGGAAAAGAGGGCCCGCAGCCCCAGCCACUCGCCGUCGCCCAAGAAACCCCUCAGCCGAGACAAAGACAGCGAGGGCCGCGCGAGACACACCGAAACUGAAGCCGCCCGCGCCCGGCGCCGCUCCCGUAGCUACUCCCCCAUCCGCAAACGGCGCCGUGACUCACCCAGCUUCAUGGAGCCGCGGCGCAUCACCAGUGCCCGGAAACGGCCCAUCCCUUACUACCGGCCCAGCCCCUCCUCUUCCUCCAGCUGCCUAAGCAGUGACUACUCAAGCCGGAGCCCCAGCCCCAGCCCCAGCCCGGGGCACAGCCACGGAAGCUACAGCAGUCGCAGUCGGACCCGAAGCCACACACACAGCCCCUCCCGAAGCCCCAGUCCAAGCUACCACAGCCGAAGCAGCUCUGAAAGUGGGGGCUUCUGAGCCCAGCCAGACCUUGGGGCCACCUGGAAGAGGAAGAGGCCAAACCCUGGGACUGGGUUGGGGGGGCUGUACCCCCUACAAAGAGCUCUGGAGCCAGCAUGUAGGCAGAUGGGGCGGGGAAGACUUUGAAAGCACCCUGUCCACAAGAAGGAGCCUUGAUCGCACUGCUCCUGACAGGUGCCCACCCCUACCCCCAUCUCAUUCCUACCUUCAUGUCCAGGGAACAAAGAGCCGUUGCGAACACAGGGAGCACCCUGCCCCCACUUCCUGCUUGAUGCCCACUUACCAGACUGGGCACUGGCACAAGAGUCGACAGUCUGCUGUGACCCUUCACCUCCGCUCAGUGAGCCUGGGAACACCUCAGAAGGUCCCCACUCUGGGAACCUCCCCUCCCCACCUUUCCCUCAUUGGGCAGAUGAGGUGGAACAGCAAGCUACACUGGACACAGAUGGAUGGAAAUGUCCCAGCUAUGGGUGUGCCACUAGUCAGGCUAGGGAAUCGCUCCCUUCUGAGGUGGCUGCAGGAGACCUCGCUGAGGAGCCCCAAGCCCCUCCCUUGCCCUAGUCUGGGCUGCCCAAAGCCGUCUCUACAGCCCUCACGCCAUGCCCUGGGCUGAGGCAGUGGAAGCCAGGCCUGCAGCAUGACAAGAGGACAGGGGAACUGUUCCCCUAUGCAUCUGACCCUGAGAUCCAAGGGGUUCAGAACAGGAGGUGGCAGAGGACAUGGGACAAAACAGUGGAGUUGACAACCAAGCUGGUCAUGGAGAGCUGGGAGGGGUAGGAGGUGCUCAGUGGUCCUCAGCUCUGCUAGGAGAAUAGCAGCAAUGGGUCACAGGCUCAGGACCACAGGAUGGCACUCCGUGGGCUUCUGGGCCAUCUCGACAGUGCCUGCUCCCAGGCAUGAUGGGACGUGGUUGGCCCAGGCUCCCAGAGCAGGGGCGGUGCCGCCCUCCACCAGGGCUGGCCAUUUACCCCACCUCUUCUGUGGCUCCCAGCCCCGGCCUCCUGGGGCCCUCAGGGAUCUCACAAAGUCUUCCUUGCCCAAUGGGGCAGAUGCCCUGGGCCCUGGUGGGGGGAGGGGUCUGGUCCGCGUUCCCCUUCUAUUUCCCCUCCCCCUCUCUCCGCGGUGCGGAUUAAAAAUGGACUACAAUAAUAAACAGUCGGUGCCCGGAUGGCAGGUGGGGAGACCAGCCCUUUCUAUGAAUUUGAGCACUCGGGGAGGUUGGGAUAGGUAAGAUGUCCUGGGAUCCUUUACACUGUGGACUGAGAAGUGAUACUUAGCUGAUCAAGAAG